GGAAAGGGAUACAUUGAUGAGACACUAAAAUGAAACAUCAUAUUCAAUGUAUAAUUGUUUUUACAUUAGUGUCGGGGCUUUCAGUCCACAACUGCUCACCGAUUGAUACAAAUGAUACCAACAAAUCGACAGACAAUACAAUGUCCACCGACUCUGUGGUGACCACAGAAUCCAAAGGAAUCGUAACCACAGACAAGACAAUAGCGGAGACAACGGUUAAAACAAAUGAUGGCGAAAAGCAUCCACGAGUGGCCAGACAUCAGACCGAUAAUCCAGUGGAAAGUCAACAAACCGUAACCAAUACUCAGAAAUCAGAUGCUAAGACACCGUACGACGAACCGGAUGUUUCCGAUCAGAAUAUUCACGAAAUUAAAGUACAGACGAGAGGUUACCAGAAAACUACAGAAAAGCCAAUUGAGACUCAAAAAAGUUCAGACGAGGACUUGAAUACAUCGGCCACCGAUAGUGUCAGUGUGUCUUCAGAGGAAAACAGUACCGACUCUAACGAUGCCAUCGCCACCACCAAUAGAGACUAAACAUACAUUUUGUGGCAUCAAUCAAUAGAUAAUUUGCAUUUUCAUAUAUUU